AUGACACUCUUUCUCCUCAUUGCUUUAGUGUGGGUGUUUAAAGUCAAUGCAGCAGCCAUAGCCGCCAAUUAUCCCGUCAAUUCUCAAUUGCCACCAGUUGCGCGAGUCUCACAACCAUUUCGAUUUGCAUUUGCUGCCGGUACUUUCGCAAACACUGAUCCGGACACGAAAUACUCUCUUUCCGGAGCACCAUCAUGGCUCAAGGUAGACAGCAGCAGCAGGACGCUCUCUGGGAUACCUCAAUCGAGCGAUAGUGGCUCAAAAACGUUUCAGCUUAUUGCCUCAAAUGGCUCCGACUCCGACAGCAUGGACGUAACCCUGAUCGUGACUGCGGACCAGGGACCAACAGAAGGGACCUCGCUAGUAUCGCAGUUACAAACAUUGGGACCUGUUUCAUACCCAGCGACUCUUUUCAUGCAUCCAGGGCGACCGUUCUCAAUUUCCUUCGAUCCGGAUACUUUUCAUAACACCCACCCUUCUACGAUAUACUACGGGACCUCGCCGAACAAUACUCCAUUGCCCUCUUGGAUCGGGUUUGAUCCCUCCUCAUUGAAGUUCUCUGGGACCAGCCCGGCUUUCCCUGGGUCGGGAUCUCAAGCUUUCACGUUCCAGCUCGUGGCUUCCGAUGUCGCUGGAUAUAGCGCAGUAAACCAGACCUUUCAGCUAGUUAUUGGUCCACACAUUUUGGCUUUCAACGAGACUGUGAAAACCUAUAAUCUUACCAGAGGGGACAAGUUCAGUAGCCCGGAUUUUCAAAGCUUACUAUCCAUGGAUGGCUCGCCAAUUCAGAGCAAAGACCUCACUGCAAUCAAUGCCGAGCUUCCAGACUGGUUAUCCUUGGAUAAUGAUUCAAUCUCGCUGGUUGGCACUCCGCCGAAAGAUGCCGUGAAUCACAAUAUCACGAUAAGUGUAGCCGAUACCUAUAAUGAUGAGGCCAAGCUCAUGGUGCGGUUGCAGUUCUUGGAACUUUUUCUUGAAAACGUCCAGGGUUGCGAAGCUACAAUUGGCGAGGACUUGCUCUUCGUUUUCAACCAAUCCAUCCUAACCGACAACUCCGUGCAGCUUGAUGUCGACCUUGACAAGGAUUUGACUUCCUGGCUCACUUAUAACUCGGAAAACAAGACUCUCUACGGGCGCGUCCCAUCAGAUCUCAAGCCGCAGAAGUUCAACAUUCCUCUCAGGGCGUACCAAGGAUCCACGGAGAGCACACAAGAUUUUGAACUAGAUGUUCUCGAGCCUUCAGAAACUACUACCGGUAGCUCGGACCCAUUUUCGGGUUCGUCCAGCCCUUCGAACAAAAAGGCUGGCAUCAUUGCGAUCUCAGUGGUCAUUCCCGUGGUUGUGAUCCUCAACGUUCUCCCCACCAUCGAGGAAGGUGGUGAUCAAUUCCAAGCGAAAGUGCCCCCGCCACGACCUGCUCGGCCAGAUCUACCCAAUUGCCAACCGGGUGGAAGUGACAGACCAUCUCGGGAUGACAACUCAGACGAAUGGAUGAGUCCAAUCUCACCCGCUUCAGAUCUUCCCAAGCUUGAACUUGGACCAGCAUGGAAUGUAGCAUUUGAGAAGCAAGAAGACUCCAUGGGCGUGAUUCCGGAGCCGAAUCCACCACCCCGAUCUCCGAAACGUGGUACUUUCGUCCCAUUGAGGGAUCCCAUCAUCGAUGAGGACAAGCCAAUCAAGACCACUCCCGCGAAGAAGCAGAAUAACCGCCUUUCUUUUACAGCCAGUCCUGGCAUGCGACGCAGGACCAGCAAUCGCUCGCGUCGAGAGCCUUUGAAACCCAUCCAACCACGCGCCAUGAAGCGUGAAUCGGUCCAGUCAUCUCGUUCCAAGCGGUACUCGAAACGUUCCAGCGGUAUCUCGACUAUUGCUUCAGGAUUGCCGGUACGACUGAGCGGUGCUGGUCAUGGUGCUGGCGGCUUUGGACCCCCAGGGCAUGGCGUCGUCCACAUGUCCUGGCAGAAUACCAAAGCCUCCUUAUUGAGCGAUGACAGUAACCUGGGGAACAUCACACCCCUUUUCCCCCGACCCCCGCCUGGAGCGGCACGCGCCAGACAUAGUAUUGCCGAAAGUAUGCUCGAAAACUCCAAACGAAUGACUCUGCGUGCGGUCGAGCCGGAUGAAUCUACCAUUUCAGAAGCCGACUCCCUCGAAGCUUUUGUCCAGAACCGAGCCAAACACCGCAACUCCGCCAACCCUCUCUUCUCCGCGCAAGUUAGUCGCCGCACAUCAUCCGGUAUGCGUGCCCUCGAGCGCGCCCGCAGCCUGCGCAGUCGCGCAGACACUGUGUCAGUCUCAACCUUCAGCGACGAAUACCGACAGUCGAUUCAAGGACGUCCAUACUCCACGGCCAUGUCUAUUUCCGAGUACGGAGACGACAAUCGGUACUCUCAGUACCAAACUCUCCAGCCCCCGCCGAACCUCUUCCCUCUUGUCGAGGGCGGCGGCCGGAGCCAGAGCCAACUGAGCUUGGCCCAGGACUAUCGUGGGGUGAUCUCACCCUUGCCUCGGUUCUGGAGUGAGAAUAGCCUGAGCAGUGCUCGGCACCUUGGAUCCGGAUCUCACCCAAAGCCAUCCCAGCUCCGGACGGAGGGCGACCCUGCGAUCCCGCCCAGCUCGUCCAUUGUGUCAGACCUGGAGGACCACCUUUCUCGAAAGGCGAGCCCACACAAGGCUGCCGAUGAUCAAUCAUGGAAUAUGUCUCUUGAACGGCCGCCUCCGAUCAAAAGUAUUAGCAGUCGUGGGCUGCCUGUUGCGAGUAGCGGGGAGCUCGCGUUUGUGUAA